UUCUUCCGUAGGUUUCAGAGGAACAUGCUGGAUCUCUCUUUACAGUGGAGAUUUGCCAGACUGCCCAACAAUGCCAAGCUGGAGAUGGUGCCAGUCUCUAGUAGAGUGGGACCUGAAAACACGGUUCGAAUUGCACUACAGUUAGAUGAUGGCUCCCGUUUACAAGACACCUUUCUUUGUCAACGGACUUUGUGGGAGCUUCUCAACCAUUUUGCAAAGACCAGGGAGUUUAUGGAACAGUGUGGUGAAUUCUCUCCAGUCUGUAUUUACAUGCGAGAUGAGAUAUCAGGAAAAGAUGCCCUGGAGAAGACAACACUGAAGUCACUUGGCCUGACUGGAGGCAGUGCCAUCAUCAGAGUUGUCAUGAAGAAAUGCAGUUCAUCUGGUCGGGAGGAAGCUGUGGGUGCCACGGUGCCGUGUAAUGAGCUAACAGUGAGGCCAGGCUCUAAGGAAGGAGCGGUGGAUGUGCCCCUACCUCAAGCAAACACAUUCCCAAAGGACUUGGACCGCAGGGAUGUGGCCAUGUCUUUAAACAGCUGCACAGACAAGCAAGACUCAAUUAGAGAAUCUCCUGCCAGCUUGGAGGAUCUGUGGCCUUUCUCAGAGCCGGAGUCUACUCCAUUUGUCCCUUUUUCUGGAGAUGGACAGCGUCUGGGGGACUCUUCUGUAGCUGCACCAUCCCUUGGGUUUGACGUGCCAUCUUCAACACUGCCAACAACUUCUUCCAGCCCUGGAGGCCCUUCUAAGCCAAAGAAGUCAAAGAACAGCCAAGAACUGCAAAUGGAGCAAGAACAGCUUGUAGAACGAGAGCCACUUGUAUGUCACCUAGACCUACUAGAACCACUUCCUGCUGCCCCAGAAGAGCUUCCUGAUGAGUUUUUUGAAGUUACAGUGGAUGAUGUACGGAAGCGUUUGGCACAGCUGCGGAGCGAGAGGAAACGCCUGGAAGAAGCUCCGCUGAUGACAAAAUCUUUGAGGGCGGCUCAGCUGAAGGAAAAGUUAGAGCGUUACCCAAAGGUGGUGCUGAGAGUCCAUUUCCCAGACCGUCAUGUUCUACAGGGGUUCUUCCAUCCCAGUGAAACUGUUGGCAUUUUGAGAGACUUUGUAAGAAGCCACCUUGCAGAUCCAGACUUGCCAUUUUACUUGUUUAUUGCACCUCCCAGAGUCGUCUUGAACGAUGAAAGUUUGACACUCGUUGAGGCUAAACUCUUUCCAACUGCUGUCAUUCACUUUGGAUCGGAGGGGAGCAGGGAUUGUUACCUGAAGCCAGACCUGCUGAGCUCUGCAGUUUCCCCUUCUGCAGCUGAUUUAUUAGUAGCCAGAUGUUUGUCCAAAUCAUUAGUUCCUUCUGCUUCAUCAUCUGUAGAAUCAACAGUCCCAUCCCUACCUGAACCAGAAGUGAGAAGUGACAAGAAGACUGUGGAGCAGCCAGAACCAGCAAGUGUGCAUGAAGCUCCCCAGGUGGUGAGAAGGGCCCCUGGGAAGAUGCCCAAAUGGCUGAAGCUGCCAG